AUGAGAGCUACUGCCCUCAUCUCUGCCGCUCUGGUCACUGGCGCUCAUGCCUGGACCUACCCUGAUUGUGAACAGGACAACUGCUAUCUCAACUUGAUUGACAAGCGCUACUCAGGCGAGGCUCCUGGCUUUUGCAUUGGCUGGAUCGCCAGCACCACCACUGACGCCGCGGCCAUUCCUACCCACUACCGCAACUGCCCUGACCUCAAGGCUCUCUCAUCGGCCUGCUCUUGUGUGGCUUACACGGCCACGCACACCUCAUCCAUCACGCGCCAGACCUUGACGAGCACCCUGCCGCCGCUGACCAGCAGUCGCACGUCUCAUCCGGUCAUCUCAAGCUCCGCAAAGACCACUCCCACCACCCCGAGCACGCCUGCAACUAUCUCGUCCGAGUCUCGUGUCACUAGUAGCAGCUCGACUGCUUCAGACGACGCCACUAGGACGAAGACCUCGACUUUUCCUCUUGUUACCAGCAGUUCUACCAAGUCCCAGACUUCAGCUUCUCCUAUACCAAGCAGCUCGUCUGAGGUCACCACUAUUACCACUAGUAUAUCCACCAUCACCAAGACCGAUACUUCUGCUUCUACAGUCUCUAGCAGCUCUUCCGCGUCUCGGAUUAUCGACAGCACUCCCAUAACCACCGAGCGUUCUACCACACGACGGACUUCUGCAACCAUCUUCACCACCACAGCCAAUACCAUUAUCAAUUGUGCCGCUACGGUCACCAGCUGCCCUCGCGAGUCGACAACUGUUCUCACCUCCAUCAUUCCUGUGUCAACGGCCGUCUAUCAUACCAGUAGCGCCGAAGCCCCCACUCCUCCUCUUGAGUCCUCUCCCAAGGUUUCCGCUGGUCCUUUGCCGUUGCCUCCCUCUACGUCUUCUGUCUGCCUUGCCGGGCAGAACCCCGGCAACGACGGCAAGUGUGUUGCCGAAAGUGUUCCUUUCAGUCAGGGAACUCGCUCUUCUACCACCACUAGCCAGGCGACUACUCCCACCCCUGCUCCCACGGUCCCCACCAGCAACGUGCCAUCCACGGUCACAGCAGGUGCUGGCCGCUUUGGCGGCAAGGCCGAUGUAAUCGCUCUCGGUAUUGCCGCUGCUCUGUUCUACCAGUAG